AUGGUACUCCGAGAGAUGGAAACACAACCAGGUUUCAGUGCUCAUCUGCUGGAGAUUGGUGCACGUGGUGAUGUGGGUGCUCAAGUUCGGUGGUUGGCAAUGAUGUAUCUCAAGAAUCAAGUACACCGGUUCUGGGUCAAGAGGUCCGGCAUCCCCUAUGAGAUUGAAGCUGCAGAGAAGUCCGUUAUCCGUGAAAACAUCCUCCCCCUCUCGCUGGACGUCGACGACUCCAUCGCAAACCAGUCUGCACUGAUUGUGGCGAAGAUCUCACGGUUUGACUUUCCCAAGGUCUGGCCGAACGUGCUCGAGAAUAUAAUCUCUGCAUUG